ACUUGCCUUGUUCCCUUCCUUUCAUUUCUAUGGUUACGCGAAUUUCACCGCCUCCCGUCAGCGAGCUUCGGAUUUCUGGGCCCGCUUGAAGCGAAGGCUUGGGGGGGCCGGAGGGAUGGAAGGCGGUAGCCCCGGCCAAGCCAGCCCCGCCGAUGCCGCGAACUUGUUUUCCCUGGCGAGUCUUGGCGUGGCCUUGCGGACAAUCCCCGAGACUCCGGAUCCGGCUGCUUUGGGCUACUUGCAGCUGCCGUGGCAGACGGAACACCGCGUGUGCAAGAUCAUCAGUCGCCGCCGCAGAGACGCCCGGCUACACCGCAGGGUGGGCCCCCUGGGCAAGGAGAUUCACGCUUUAAAAAGAUUGAGAGAAGCUGCUAAUUCAAAUGAUUUGGAAACAGUAAUGCAACUUCUGGAAGAUGGGGCAGACCCCUGUGCUGCUGAUGACAAAGGUCGAACAGCCCUGCACUUUGCUUCUUGUAAUGGAAAUGAUCGCAUUGUGCAGUUGCUUUUAGACCAUGGUGCUGAUCCAAACCAGCGAGAUGGAUUGGGGAACACUCCCUUGCAUUUAGCUGCCUGCACGAACCAUGUUCCUGUCAUCACCAUGCUGCUCCGUGGAGGAGCUCGAGUGGAUGCCCUGGAUCGAGCUGGAAGGACCCCUCUGCACUUGGCCAGGUCAAAGUUAAAUAUCCUGCAAGAUGGCCUCUCACAGAGCUUGGAGGUUGUGCGCCUUGAAGUAAAGCAGAUCAUCCAGAUGUUGCGGGAAUAUCUUGACCGUCUUGGGCGUCAUGAACAGAGAGAACAAUUGGAUGACCUUUGCACAAGGCUACAGAUGACUAGCACAAAAGAACAGGUGGAUGAAGUUACUGACCUCUUAGCCAGUUUCACCUCACUCAGCUUGCAGAAGCAGAAGAUAGACCAGAGGUAACAGGCUUUUCUAUUGUCCUCCCACACCAAAGGAGAAGCCCUGGAAGAAAAGAUAGCUGGAGCUCCAUUGCAGGAUUGUUGUUGCCAGCAUCAAGCGUACGUUUCCUGCUGCACCUAUGUUGAAUGGUUUGAAACCAUGAGACAUCAGUGACUACCUUCAAUAUCCUUUCUUUGGGCCAAGGAUUUUUGCUGUGCUGCCUUCAAAGGCAUCUUUAUUAUUCUUGUUUAAGAAUCGGGAAUUAUCUUUCAGCUAAUGAGGUGCCCCUCUUUAAGGACACUGCCCUCAGGAAAUAUUAUUGAAGUUCUGCAAAUAGCAUCUUCAGUCUGCUUCUGGAUAUAUUUGGAGAAAUGGCAGCUAUUAGCAUUUGCUCUGCAUUUAAUACCCAGUAUUUAUGCACACAAUCAGUGAGCCUUUGUAGAAGGUAACAAACUGUAUCUUAAUUGACAAUAGAUUUAAAAAAAUACAAGUUGGGAAUAUUUUAAAUGGAGAAAAGUUUGAAGGACUAGCAAUACUGCCUACGUCCACUGUUGGAGGGGAGGAAAGAUUUUAUUGAUACCACACAGGUGUACACACCUGCACAUGUUAAAUAUAUUCACAAGGGCCAGAAAUUUUCUUUAUGCUGAUUCGAUUUCCUGCAUUGGAUCACAAAAAGAUUGGCAUAAAUAAGUCUACACUCUGCCCAAGCUUCUCUUGCUUAUGUUACUUAAAUUAAAGGAGCAGAGUAAGUGGUUAAAAGUCUUUGGUUGUCUCUUAGCCUGCUAGCACAAAAAGACAUUUGUGGGAGUUGGGUGAUUCCUUUAGGGUGCUGCAAUGAGUUGCUACAUCAUCAGCUGAAAUUCCUAUUGUGCCCUUUCCUUGAUUUUAUGAUCUUUGAUUCAUAAAAUUACUUGUUCCAGAAGGAAAAAAGGAGGGAAAUAAUGUGAAAUACAUUUGGUGACAUGCUAGUUUACUUUCAUAUGCUGUUUUUCUUCAUACAAAGUGCAUAAAAUUGGUUUACAGCUCAUGCCAGAUUCAGGUACUGUAGCAAGUCAUCUGCUUUAAAUCAAAAUAUGUCUCACUGUGAUAGUAUGUAGGUUGUACGCAUAUCAAAAUAUAGUUAGCUAUGUUGAAUUAGGCACAAACGCUAUCUAGGAUAAUGUAAAUGGACAGUGUUUUCCCCUGGUGCCUGUGAAUUCCUUGAACAUGUGAGACUUUUUUAAUGAUGCCAUUUUAAUUGGCUUUGGCUGAGCAGGUUUUGGAAAUUCUGCUUCUUUUAGGGGAAGUACUUGCUUUUUCAUUUUGGUAAUGAAAUCAUAAAUGUAAUUAUAAAUUUGCUGAAUAAGAGCUAGUUCAAAGAGAAAAAACACACCCUCAAAGCUAUUGUUAUGUCCUAACAGGGUGUUUUGACUUUAACCAGUCAACAGUAAUUAAAAAGGAAGAAGUCUGUAGCCAUUCCAGCAUCAUCAGAAUUCCAAGGUUGUUUCGGUUCCUUGAGAUUUGUAUCUUCUUAUGACUUUAUUUCUGGUAAAUAUGCAAUGUUUGUGGCAGAAGAGUAACUGGAUGCGUAACUUUAAAAGAGAUACAGUUCUUGAAUUUCCUGAAUGCAGCAGCUUGAUAAAGGAAUCCUGAAUUCUUUCCUAAAGAGGAUGCUUUAGUUCUGAAUUGGCUCAGACUUUGCUAGAAUUGUCACUGUGAAUACAAUGAAUUUUAUUCUAUUAUACAAGGAGGGUGGGAAGCGAUUUAUCUUUUCAAUAAAACUCUGUUUUACUGUCAGAA